GUUUCCCUUUUUGAGUCGCGCCUACAGCCGUUAUUACGGUUAUCGGCUCACAGUAAUGGCGGCCUACUGCACGCGCCGGUAGAACGGCUGUGUCCCAAACGGCGCUGUUCUUCCUACAAAGCACACUACAGAAGGGUCGGAAACUAAUGGGCUUAUAAACCCUAUUUAGUGUACGAAACGUCAAAUUUGGAGCCAUUUGGGACGCACUCGUCGAGAAUCAUCGAGAGAAGAUGUCAAACAUGAGACGAUUAUCAGUUUAAAUACACGAAACAGUCUUGCUGAGCUCUUUGCUUUUUUUUUCUGUAUGAUGAUACUUUAAUAUCAAUUUCCCAUGCUGCAACUACGGAGGCUGCUCUUCCGACAUCAUUUCCUGUCCAGUUAUCGCUCUCAGAGAGCCAGUGACGUCGCUCAGCAGAAGUAUGACGUCAUCGUGGUCGGUGGCGGCCAUGCUGGAACGGAGGCGGCUGCUGCGGCAACCAGGAUCGGAGCCGAAACACUGCUCAUUACGCAGAAGAUCGAAACGAUCGGGGCGCUGUCCUGCAACCCCUCGCUGGGAGGAGUAGGAAAAGGUCAGCUGGUGAAGGAGGUGGAUGCUCUGGAUGGCCUGAUGGGUAGAGCAGGAGACUACGCCGGUGUUCACUUCUCCAUCCUCAAUCGCAGUAAGGGACCCGCAGUGUGGGGCCCGAGGGCACAGCUGGAUCGGGGACGCUACAGGGAGUUCGUACAGUCGCAGUUGCUGAAUACGCCCAGACUGACUGUGAUCAAGGGAUCUGUGGAGGAUCUGAUCAUCUCUGCUGCUGACCCAGAAAAACCAGGAAAGCACAGAGUGACUGGAGUUCGUAUGGCUGAUGGCGCUGGGGAAAUACUCGCCAGAUCCGUCGUCAUCACCACCGGCACUUUCCUUUCCGGCUCCCUCUUCAUGGGCCGGACCACCUCUCCAGGAGGGAGGAUGGGCGAACCCCCCUCCUGCGCUGGUCUCUCUCACAGUCUGAGAGAAGUGCUCGGGUUAAAACUCGGCCGGCUGAGGACCGGGACGCCACCGCGGCUCAUUAAAGACACAAUCGACUUCUCCCUCGCUGAGCUUCACCUUCCUGACCCACAGCCAACUCCGUUUAGCUUCAUUAACAAACACACGCACUGCAAGCCUGAGGAUCAGCUCCCGUGUCACCUGACCUACACGACACCAGGGGUAGAAGAAGUGGUGCGUGAGAGCCUGCAUAUGAACUCACACAUACAGCAGGACACCAAAGGACCCAGGUACUGUCCUUCCAUCGAGUCCCGGGUUCUGCGUUUCCCAGGGCGACAGCAUCAGGUGUGGUUGGAGCCGGAGGGCUUGACCUCUGACCUCGUGUACCCUCAGGGGUUGUCCAUGACGAUGCCCCCUGAGCUGCAGCUCCGUCUCCUCCGAGAAAUUCCUGCCCUGCACCGGGUGGAGAUUAGAACACCAGGUUACGGGGUGCAGUAUGACUUUGUUUGCCCAAUGCAGCUCUUCCCGUGGCUGCAGGUGAAGUGCGUUCAGGGGCUUUUCCUGGCAGGACAGAUUAAUGGGACAACAGGAUACGAGGAAGCAGCAGCACAGGGUUUGUGGGCGGGUGUUAAUGCUGGAAGGACCGCCCUCUCUCUCCCUCCUCUGUCUCUGUCCCGUACUGAGAGCUACAUCGGUGUGAUGAUUGAUGAUCUGGUGAGUCGUGGAGUUACCGAACCGUACCGCAUGUUCACAAGCCGUGCUGAGUUCAGGACUUCACUCCGGCCCGAUAACGCAGACCUGCGCCUCACACUCAGAGGCUUUGAAGAGCUGGGGUGUGUGUCGUCACGGCGCUACAGCGAGGCUUUGCGAGUGAGUCGUGGGCUGAGUGAAGCUCUCGUCGCCCUGCAGUCCGUCACACUCUCCUCUCCGCGCUGGAGAGAGAAACUUCGAGACGCCGGGAUCAGUGAGGUGAAAAGCACGCUCAUCAGCGGAGAAGAGAUGCUCCAGCAUAAAGAGGUCUCGUUUGAAAUGUUGGCCUCCAUCUUCCCUGAAAUUUUUGCACCAUAUCUAGAAUUUUCCCAGCGGAUUAAAAUCGAAGCUGUGUACCGUCCUCACUGUGAGAAUCAGAAGAGAGAGAUGGAGAGGAUACAGGAGGAGGAGAGUCUCACGCUGCCUCCGGACAUCGACUACCUCUCACUUCCUGUGUCUCUCUCUGACGAGGUGCGAGAGGUAUUGGAUCGAGCGCGGCCUGACACUUUGGGAGCAGCGACUCGUCUGCCGGGCGUCACUCCAGCCGCCAUCAUCCACUUGCUCAAUUACGUCAGCAAGACGGAGCGCAAAACAUCAAGCAAGAGGACACGGACGUAGAGACACAAACUGACCAAUCACACAGUCGACACACGUCACCACGCAGGACUGAGAACCAUAAGCAGCUGCUAAAGACUGUUACAGUAAAGGACUUCACUUAACACUGUGUGUUAGGAAACAAGUCUGUAUUUUGUAAAAUGGAAAUAAAUUA